AUCCAACAAGUUGUCAUGUAAAGAUAAAAAUGAUUAGAAGAAGAUAAUAGCCAAGUUUUCUCAACCUUUUUUUAUUCGCGUCCCUCGCAAUUUAUCCUCAAAUGGCUUGCAAAUCAAUUAGUGAUGACGAAGAAAAAGAUUUUUUGGUUUGCGGCAUAUGCAUGGAGUACUAUGAUACCGACGAUCGCACACCAAAAAUGCUAGAAUGUUUUCAUUCGUGCUGUGUCACAUGUUUAAAGUUGCAAGCUGUAACCUCACUCGUUACAUGUCCAUAUUGCCGUAAUGUGACUAAAAUAAAAAAUGGAGUGGAUAAUAUGACAAGUAACUUUUACAUUAUGCCUAAAAUUCAAAAAAUGGUGGCCCAAAGGAAAACCAUUGAACAAAUGCUAGCAGAUACAAAGAACAACUGGGCUGAUUCAAUUGCAAAGCGUCGUGAUGUACAGUUAAAGCUGUUAAUGGUUCAAGAUGCUUUGAAACUGAUAGAGAAUAUCAUUUCCCGAAAGGAAGAAGAUAACAAUGAAAAGAUUGCAAUAUUGCAGUCUCUGUUAGAAGAUCCAUUUUGUAAGCAGGAUUUAGAGGAACUCCUAGCUUCAUAUUCCAAGUGUGAGGCUGAUCAUAAAUAUUCUAAAGAAGAACUUGAUGCAGCUGAAAGUCUUGGAAAAAGCUUAUCUGAUAUAGAGAAUUUUAUGUGCUGCCUAACAUUGAAAAAGAAGAAUGAUGGGACUAACUACAGUGUCAAAGCUUUGGAGAAAAAGAUUCUAGCUUUCAAUAACAAAUCUCCUCAUGGGCCUCGUAUUGGCUCAUAUCAUUCGGUUUUGACUUUUAUACUGUUUCAAAUGAGGGAAGAAAAGCUCUGGGAAGAAGCAGCUCAAAAUGAGGAAAGAUAUCAAGCAUGCGAAGCGGAGGAACCAACGAACGGUAAACCUAGCAAGCAGAAAGCAUCCUUCAUACCGUCACAUCUGAGAUUCAUUGGGGACUCUUCUGACGAUGAUUGGUCAACCACCGAAACAGAAUCGUCUUCCGGGCAAAAGCACAAUAUGUGCUAUAUGCAAUUUAAAAUAAACAAUAUUAUCCAGCCAAAAGUAGUUUUUCGCCUCAACUUUGAUGAGGCUCCCAUGAUGAGUAAGCGCUUCAUGGAUUACUGCAAGGGUACCACAGGGUUGUCUUACAAGUCCUGUCCUGUAUUUAUGAAUAAAGAUGGGGAAUCCUUUACUGCUGGGAAGUCCGAAGAUUUGGUUACUGUGUUGGACGAUAGCGGAUGUGCUAGUUCGUUGACUAAUGGGUGGUGUGAUGGUAAAUCUCAGCGUUUCGUAGCCGAUCAUUCUACCUUAGACGAGGUUAAAGGUGCACUGCGUAUGCGUCAUCGCGGGAGAACCGGAGAAGGGGUGUACGUCUGCUCAGAAUUCUCCGUUAUCUGCUGUGACCAUCCCAAUAGCAGCCAGAUGACCACAGUCUUUGGCUACGUUCAUAGAGGCAUCGAGACAUGCCAGAAUAUAAGUCGUCUUAAUCUUAACCAAAACAGGGUCGUCAUUCACUCUUGUGGAGUUGAAUUGGGCUGAAUAGACUCGACACAGAAAAAUCUAACAUUUUCAUGCAUAUCCCUUACACUAAUACAAGACCCCGUACACUAAUGAUGAUACAAGAUACUACCCACAAUACGCGGGGAAAUCUGCAAUGAUUUGGUGAACAUGUAGGGUCGUUAAUAGAGAGAAAAGUAAUAUUACCAAAGUGUUAAACUUGUAUUGUUUUUGACCAAACAACUGGCUGUUGGAAUAAUAUACAGUUAGCCAUCA